UACAGGGCGACAUUCUGCAAAUGUGAGUGCUCUCAACGUGAGGCAUUCCCGGUCUUCGCUCCAAAGGGACCUGCCGUGGUCAGGGAUGGCGAGACAGUUGCUGCAGAGAAGAGAACGGAGGCUCAAGCUGCCUUCUGAUACUCAGGACACAUGACGACUCAUGAUGAGAAGCAAGCCCCAGCAAAUUCACAUGAGCCAAAAAACAAAGUCGAACUUCCAGUCCGAACCAGGCAGGAGGGAUGCCAUCCGCACUCCAGAGGGAUCCUCUUCGGCCACGCCCCGGGGCUUACGUUGAAGCGCCAAGGCCCAACUUUAACACCGUACUACACCUGACUCUGUGUUGGACUCAUUUCCCUCCUCGACAACAAACUCGAAGACGGAAUGGGGAGGGUUUCAGAACUAGCCAGACAUGCGCCGCCGCCGCUGCCGCCGCCUCUGCCACCGCCUCGCGGAAUGCGGCGGGGUCGGUUCAUCCCAGCAGUGGUUAUCUCGGCCGUGAUUCUCCUCGGCGCCUUUCCGCAGCUGCGGCCCAACCCCGACCGAACCUCACCUUACGGCAUAUUCCCGUCGGAGACUGACCCAUUCCAUCUCAUUCCAUGCACCCCAGCGACAUUACCACCGCCGCUUGAUGAUAGCAAUCCCGGGCAAGCUUGGGCUUCUCGUUUUGACCGCAACCCGAGCCAUUGGAGCUGGGCCUCCCCUCGGAACAAGGGGAACGGCACCAGAGGGGAAGAUCCGUAUGCCGGGCGCGGGAUCUACAUGUGCGGAUACCUGGACGUCCCCCUCGACUACACUAACAAGUCCGACAGCCGGAUCGCCCGCCUCGCCGUGACCAGAUUUCGAGUCUCAGGCCUGGCACGAGUUGGCGACAAGACAAUUGCCAUUGAACCUGGCGGACCCGGAGGUAGCGGUACCUUGUACGCAUGGCGUGCGGCAGAGACCAUCAGCGCACGUUUCAGUGAUGGCAAGUUCGACGUGCUGGGCUGGGACCCGCGGAGCGUGAACGCCUCGCUCCCCGCCAUUGCCUGCUGCCCCAACGACGCGAGCCGGGAUCGCUGGAGCCGCCUCACAUCGCUUCACUACACCGUCUCGGCAUCACCCCGGCAACAGCUUGAGCUGGUAGACGCCAUGAACGCGGCCGUCAUACGCGCCUGUUGGGAAAGGCACGGCGAUCUCGGUCGUUUCGUGGGUACUGGGAUGGUUGCGCGGGAUCCGGAGCAGAUCCGGAUCGCGCUCGGGGAGGACGAGUUGACGGGAUACCUCGUGGGCCGGCUCAUUCUGGACGGUACCGAGUGUGUGCGGGACCACCGCCUGCGCGGGGGGUUUGGCUGGACGGCGCUAGAUUACGCCACCGACGCCUGGCACGAUGGUUUCUUGGGCGAAUGUGUGAACGCAGGCCCCAUGUAUUGUGCGCUUGCCAAGCCGACGAAGGAAGACGGCCCCGCUACGCACCUGGACCUUGAGGCUCGCAUGGAUGCUCUGGUGGCGUCCCUUGCCUAUCGUCCGGUUCCAGCAUACCUCCCGACCAGCGGCCCGACCUUGGUGACGUAUUCUCACCUUUGCGCUUAUGAGCUUGAGGGAGGCAACUUGACGCUCGCGGCUCCUCUUCUCGAGACAUCGGCGUGGUGGUAUGAUCCGGAGGCCCCUAGCUCGCCGACACCAGUUCCGGGGUCAGAUAAUGAGCUGGGCAACCUCGUUAUCUGCGCGGAUUCCUUUGACGUCCAGGAUCCCGACGACCUCGACCGGUGGCUGUCGCUGUGGGGCAACAUGACGACGGGGAACUGGAUCGCGGGCAACUCCCGAAUGUAUGGUGUUCUUCCGUGCCGGCACUUUUUGACGUACUGGCCCCAGCCGGUAGGUGUGUAUCGGGGCGACCUCAACCACACGCUCAGGCAUCCGGUUCUGCUCAUCGCCGAGACGUAUGAUCCGGCCACUCCGCUAGGAAACGGGAGGAGGUUGCUACAGGAGAUGGGAUGGAACGCGCGGCUGAUUGUGCACCACGGAUAUGGCCAUUCGUCAAGGGAUACCUCGAACUGCACCGAGACGAUGGCCAGGGCGUUCAUCCUCGACGGCACCCUGCCGGAGGAGCAAGAGACGGACUGCUACGCUGAUGAGAAGCCGUAUCUCUAUGGGGUAGAGAAGGUGGUCGCGACAGCGCUGCCUGAGACGAAGGAUCCUGCCGAGGCCUGGCAGGGACACCUUGUGAAGCUCUCAUUCUUGGCUCCGCAGCUGCUGCAUGCCAUGUAGUGUCUGAGCUUGGGUUAGAUGCUGAGGCAGGUAUCAGGUCUCAAGAUAUGGAUUGAUUUGCGUGAUGUUGGACAUCGCGGUUACCUUGAUCUUUCGUUGAGUAAUGUGUUGGCCGGGGGAAGAGGGCCGGUCAUGUCGACGGCCGAAGCAGAAAACUGAAGACCAGUUGAGGGAUUGGGAAUGUCCAAAUAUGUUAUCUACGCUCAACCCGGAUGGCUCAAUUUCAAUUGCUAUUUAUAUGAUCAUUGCUCGCUAAGUUCAGGUGGCUUUAUAAUUCCCUAUUCAGCUAGUAGCUAUAUCUACUUCAUAUAGUUCUAAGAACUAUAACCAGGAUCAGC